CUACGCGUGCCCUGGCCUGGGUGUUGCAACACUGGCUCCCUGUCGUAGACGCGGAUCUGGCAUUGCCUGAUCGCACCCGUUUUUGCUACUGCAACUUGCUCGUUGAACUGCCGCCUCUCCGUUCUAUGCGCCCGCUCGUGAGCUUCCGCUCGAGCUUCAUCGCGCUGUCCAGACCAUUGGCCGCAACGAUCUGUCUGAGUCGAUUGACGCCCCUCUACGCAUCAACAACAACAACUUUCGUCACCAUGCCUCCUAAAAAAGCCGCCAAGCGCAAGUCUGCCUCUCCGCCAGGCGCAAACGGCGGCGGCAACGGCAGCAACAAGCGCACCAAGACCGGCAGCGGUGGCGGCGGCAAGGACCUGCGCCAGCCGCACCCCUUCGCCGACGAGGCCGAGAAGCACGGCAUCGUCCUGCGCAAGUACUACCCACCCGAGAUGAGCAACGCCCGCGCCCGCGCCUAUAACGCCGACGAGAUCCCCCGCCCCAUCGAGGACCUUGUCGCCGCCCUCGAGCAGACGGCUGGCGCGCGCAAGGCCCUCCCCGUCAAGGACGCAGUCGUGCACUGGUUCAAGAUGGACCUCCGCUGCGCCGACAACAGGGCCCUGGCCCUGGCGGGCCAAAAGGCCAAGGAGGCGGGCGUGCCGCUCAUUUGCCUCUAUAUCGUCAGCCCGCAGGACUACGAGGCCCAUCUAAGGUCGCCGGUGCGGGUCGACUUUAUGCUGCGCACCCUGCAGGUGCUUCAGGAAGAUCUCGCCAAGCUCGACAUUCCACUCUACGUCGAGACGGUCGAGAAGAGGAACAAGAUUCCCAAUCGCGUCCUCGAGCUCAUGGAGGAGUGGGGCGCGAGCCAUCUCUUCGCCAACAUGGAGUACGAGGUCGACGAGCUGCGACGGGAGGCUCACAUGGUGCACGACUUGUCCGAGAACGGCAAGGCCUUCGAGGUCGUCCACGACAGCUGUGUCGUGCCGCCCGGCCAGCUGCGCAGCGGCUCGGGGAACCAGUACGCCGUCUACUCACCCUGGUUCCGCUCAUGGGUUGCGCAUAUCCACGACAACCUUGACCUGCUGGAGCUCUUCGAGCCGCCGGCCAAGAACCCAGAUAGCGCUCGCACGAAGUUCAAGAAGCUGUUUGACUGCCAGGUGCCCGACGCCCCCAAGAACAAGCAGCUGAGCCAGGAGGAGAAGAAGCGGUUUCGCGCGCUUUGGCCCUGCGGUGAGCAUGCGGCCAUGGACAGGCUCAACAAGUUCUGCGAGGAGAAAAUUGGCAAGUACAAGGACAAGAGAAACAUUCCGGCCGACGACGGCACCUCUAGUCUGUCGGUGCACCUGUCCAGCGGCACAAUCAGCGCGAGGACCUGUGUUCGCACGGCGCGUAACAGGAACAAGACCAAGAAGUUGGACGGGGGCAUCGAGGGGAUCCAGACGUGGAUUAGCGAGGUUGCAUGGCGUGACUUUUACAAGCACGUCCUGGUCCAUUGGCCAUAUGUCUGCAUGAACAAACCGUUCAAGCCAGAGUAUUCCAACAUCUCGUGGUCCUACGAUGAGGACCACUUCCAGCGGUGGUGCGAAGGACGGACGGGCUUCCCUAUUGUCGACGCCGCCAUGCGCCAACUCAACCAUGUAGGCUACAUGCACAACCGCUGUCGCAUGAUUGUCGCAUCGUUCCUGUCCAAGGACCUGCUCAUCGAUUGGCGGAAAGGCGAGCGGUACUUUAUGGAGCACCUCGUCGACGGCGACUUUGCCAGCAACAACGGCGGCUGGGGCUUCAGUGCCAGCGUCGGAGUCGACCCGCAGCCGUACUUUCGCAUCUUUAACCCGCUGCUGCAGAGCGAAAAGUUCGACCCCUCGGGCGAGUAUAUUCGCAAAUGGGUUCCUGAACUCAGGGAACUUGACGACAAGGAGAUUCACGAUCCGUAUGGGCGUGGCGCGGGGAACAAGGCCAAGAAGAAGGGAUACCCGGAGCCGGUCGUCGAGCACAAGCAAGUCCGUGAACGGGCGCUGAGUGCGUACAAAGAAGGCAUCGAGAGUGGCAUGUGAGGUUCGCUGGGGUCCGAUCGGGCGCAGGCCUUUGUUGCACCUAGCUGUGUUAUUAGUAGAGCA